GAGGAAGUAAUAAUGUAUAUAUGUAUUGAAUAUAGGUCUAAGUUAUGAAGUUAGCUGGAUUUUUGAUUGAAAAAUGAAAAUGAAGAGCUUAUUAUUCCUGACAAUUUAUCUUUUUAAAUUGGUUGACAUUGUAAUAAGCUACCAAUGUUUGGAUUUACAUGGAAAACCAGUGGAUUGGUUUAUUGUGUACAAGUUACCAUUCUUGCGUCAUAAUAUUGAUCCAAUGUUAAAGAAUGGAGAUGGUCACUAUUAUAUGGAUCCAAAUGUGCCAAAUUUUCAAUUAUCUAAAUAUAGUCUGAACAGUACAACUCAUGCAAUUUAUCAUACCCUGCAGCAGUUCUAUACAUCAAAAAAUAGAUCAAAAUCUGAUUUCUUUGCCUUAUAUAAUGAUUGGAGUCCACAAAAACAUGAAAACACAAAACACGGUCACACAAAAGGCAUGGUGUUGUUCGACCAGAAGAAAGGAUUCUGGUUGGUUCACAGUGUUCCACGAUUUCCAGGAUAUAAAGAUGAAGGAUAUUAUUGGCCACACUCCGCUCUUGAUUUUGGUCAGAGCUUGUUAUGUAUGACCUACAACAGCAAUGUCAUAGAUGAAAUUGGUAAACAAUUUUUGUUUAACUACCCUAGAUUCUAUGAAAGAUGGAUGCCACCUGGAAUGCAACUCAAAUAUCCCAACAUGUGGAAAGCUUUAAAUUUUGGUGUUUCUAGUACUACAAAUCAUACUGUUAGUUUUAAAUCAUCCAUGGGAACGACAUUCACUGUCUUUGCAAAAAGUGGGACUUUUGGUCAAGAUUUGUAUUCAAGUUUAGUGGCCCCCCAUUAUAAAGCAGAUAUGUGGACUGAAACAUGGCAGAAUGGACAAGACAAACUGCCUUCAAACUGCACUUCUAGCUUUAAAGUACUCAACGUAAAAUGGAUCAAAUUUCAAGAAAAUGUACAAUUCGAAGAGGAAAAAGAUCACAGUAAAUGGGGAGUAACUUCUAAUGGAUAUGUUUGUAUUGGAGACAUCAAUAGAAUGGGUACACAGUUUAGGCGUGGAGGAGGAACAGUAUGUUUCAAUAAUACAGCUGUAUGGAAGAAUUUUAUGUCUCUGAUUACUAAACUAGAUGAAUGUCAAUUGAUAAAGCCAGCAUUCUAA